GAGGGGAUAAGUGCUGGAUGGAUCGGUCCUCAACCCGAUCCAUCCAGACUCUUCACGUCGUGUGCCGUCUCGCUCUCUCGCGAACACUCUCUCUCUCUCGUUUCUCUCUCUCCCGCCGCCGAAUACUGCUGCCGCGCCGGCCGCCUGCUCCGGCCGCCGCAGCCCGCCGCCGUGACCCUGCCGCCGCCGCCGCACCACCGGUCGCCGCCGUAGCUCAGCCGCCGGCCGACCGCCUGCUCCGGCCGCCGUGCGCCGUGCCAGCUGCGCCGCCGCGCCCCUGCUGCGUCGCCGUGCGCGCGCGCCGCUGCGCCGCGCCCGCCGCCGCCGCCACAGCCGGCCACCGCCGGCUGCCUCCCCCUCUCUCCCUCUGUGUUGCCGUGAUAGCCCAGCCGGCCGAAGCAAGCGACACAGAGGAAGAAGCCAGGAAGAAGAAGAAGGAAGAAAAGAAAAGAAAGAGAGAAAAGAAAAGAAAAAAGAAAGAAAAGGAAAAAAAAAGAGAGGAAAAAGUUGGAAAUUUCGGAAUUUCAUUGGAUUCAUCGUCAAACUUUCGAAGGUGGUACUAUUUCCGGACGUUCUUGAUCGAAUUUUCUUCAUCGUCGGUAAAGGUAUGUUUAGAUGUUGACGUACAUUUUGGGGAUGGAUCUCGGUAGCUGCACACACUAACUUAUCACGAUGUCGAUAGCUCAACCGGUGUAUACAAGUGGUGUGUCUGAUGGUCCGUCGUUUGUUUUUGUUUAUGUUGUGGUUCGACGCUGGUAGCGUCAUGGCGGACUCUAUAUAUAUGCUGGUUAUAUCU